CCAAGUCUUCGCAGAGAACUUCUUUUUGAUCAAAAAGAACCGCCACGGAUCUUCUGGAUAAUCUUGUUUGUUUGAUUUUGAUUGUUUAGUUCUCCUAGUAAUUGAAGGUGUUUGAGAAAGUUUCUUUAAAAUUAUAAUCUUUGAUUCAUUAUCAGAGAUCAGAAGUAUUGGUUAAUUUAUAUUUGGAAGUUUCGUGAAGAUCAGAAUUGAAGGGUAAGUGUGUAGAUCAGAAUAAAAAUCAAAUCAGAAGAUAUGGGAACUCGGAAAUUAGUUAACCGGAAUAGAAAUCGGGAUAAUACAAGAUCAUCAUCAUCGACUCCAGAUUUUGUAUUAACAUGGGGAAAACGUAAACGAGUUCGAGCUAAAAGCACAUCAUCUUCACAGCCUCCACCAUCAAGAGGACAGACUGAGCCAAUAAAAUCAUCAUCGUUUGUACUACAAUGGGGAAGAAAAAAAAGACUUCGUUGCAGAAAAGUGGCAACAGCAACAGAACAUGUGACAGCUGCAAUAUUGAGCUUUAUUCCAGAUGACAUCAUCCUUGACAUCCUAACAAGGUUACCAGUAAAAUCACUCUUAAGAUUCAGGUGUGUAUGCAAGUUUUGGUAUGAGUUACUCAAAACCUCGAAUUUUGCUGAAUUGCACCUUAAUCUUUCUUUGAAAUAUGGAUACGAUGGUAUCGUUUAUAACCAUGUUGGGAAGAUUUCUUGUGUUGAUUACGACUCAUUAGUAUCAUCGACGACGUUGGCCUCAACGUUAAGCAAUAUGGUUGCUCAUAUUGAUUACCCAUUGGAGCAUAGAAUGGAACGUAUUUUAGGUACUUGUAAUGGCUUGGUUUGUUAUCUUACGUCUCAGAAAGACAUCAUCAUUUGGAAUCCGUGUACUAAAGACUACAAGCAAAUACCAACACCACCGGAAAUAAUCAACACAAAAUCAAGAGGUAUUCAUGUCUUAUAUAAGUACGGGUUCGGUUAUGAUUUAAAAACAGAAGAUUAUAAAGUUGCCCGAAUAGCAAACAUCAGGGAUAAGUAUAGCGAAAUCGCUGUUUAUUCAUUAAAAUUAAAUUUGUGGAAGAUGUAUGGGGACAUCCCUGUUCGAUCUCCAUACGAAGAUUUAGUGCUUUUUGAAGGAAUUUUUCACUGGGUGGAAUUGCCCCCCUCGGGGUCUCAACGUCCUAGAAUGAUUUUCUCUUUUGAUACUGGUAGCCAGAUACUCAAUAGAAUUCCACUGCCACAGCAUUUCUCAGACAAGUUUAACAUGAUACAUGUGCGUCUUUUGGGAGGUUGUCUUUACCUAAUUGGUAGUCUGUAUAUGACAUGUAGCGAGGCAUGGAUGAUGAGGGAUUAUGGUGUACACGAGUCUUGGACUAAAAUGUUUUCUAUAGACAAUACUAAGUACACUGGACUUACCCAUCUGGACAUAAGGCAAUAUUACAGGAAUGGUCUGAUCUUGGUACACGAAGCUCACUUCUAUACUUAUUUAUACAAUCUCAAUCAUGACGAAGCUAUAAAACUUAAGGUCGUGGAUGGUAUUCCAUUAGGUUUCCAAUCAUGGCCAUUCUUGGGGAGCUUAGUUUCUCCUAAUUUGGGUAUUGAUUCAAGCAGUAGAAUACAAGAAUCUUAGAAAGGGGAGGCCAUACGAGGUGCCAAGGACCUUGUGGUUAUAUCAGUUCCAUCGCUGGUUCAUGUCCUGCUGUGCAAUCUACUUGUGCUUUCCAUGCUUGAAUCUGAACUCUAGAUUUACGGGUUGGAUUUAGCUUUCGGGUGAAAGUGACCAGUUUUGGGUUCACCUUUUUGAUCAAUAGUUGACUCACAGAAGUGAAUCUCACAAUCCAUCAUUCUUCUAACUAUACCGAACGGCUUUUGAACCUACUUUUCUUCCCAAUGAAUAUUGUAAAAGCAUCUCCAAUUCUCUUCUUCUUUUCAUGGGUCAAAGACUCAAACAAGAAGAGAAACAAAAGAUGAGAGAUGUUGAUCUAUUGUUGUCGAUUUGUUGCACGUGUAUUUAGCUACUAGCUAGAUUUCUCCUAUCUACCGAGUUCAUGAAUCUAAGGUUUGUAGAGAUUCAAAUUUUUUAGUCAAAGUUACAAUACAUUUAAGGUUUGACUUGAAAA